AUGAACUCUUCCGAUUCACCCUCCUCCUCCUCCUCCUCCUCAACAGAGACUAAUGACACAACCACUACUACUACUACUACUGCCACUAACACUUCAACAACGACGACGACUCACACCACUACUGUAACAACCUCUCAACAACAACAACAAUUCCUAGCUCCUCAAGAGCAAGUCCAACAAGUCCAACAAAUUCAUCAAGCACAAAUGGCAGCAGCCAAUGAUGAUAGGUACAAGAAGAUGGUUGCAACUCCAACCAGCACCAGCACCAGCACUGCAUUGAACCACCCUCACAAGCCUUUCACUGCCCUUCAAACCACCAGCACCAACAAGUAUUCACCCGUCGUAAAUUUGAUGUGUACCCUGUGGGCAUCCGUUUGUUUCUUCUCGUUAUGGAUUCCCGCCUAUUUCUGUAGUGUUGUGUGUUACAAAGUGUGUCGUUGGCUUGGAAUGGAUACGAGUCGAGCCUUCACCAGUCAAUUCAUGAGAGUCUCUUCAAGAUUGGCAGUGAAAUUAAAUCCAUUUUGGAAUAUUAAAUAUAUGGAAUUGGAACAAGCUCCAAAAAAGAAUACUAAUCAAGGAAGAUUAAUAUUUAUUUGUAAUCAUCAGAGUAAUAUGGAUCCUAUUGCAAUUAAUUCAGUUUUUGAUUGGAAUGCUAAAUGGGUAUCUAAGGAUUCUAUAUUCAAUGUACCUUUUGGAGGUUACAUGAUGCAUCAUUGUGGAGAUAUUCCACUAACUUUUGCAACUGAAAAAAUUGAAGAUACCAACACUGUGAAACAGAGUGCUAAAAAUUGCUUACAAGUUUGUAAAGAAUGGCUUGAACAGAAUGUUCCUGUGUUUAUAUUCCCUGAAGGAAGAAGAUCAGUCACUCAGAAUAUUUUGGAAUUUAAAAAAGGUGCAUUCAUUCUUGCCCAACAAACCAAUUCCUUGAUUGUUCCAAUGGCUAUUCAUGGAACAGGUGACAUGUGGCCAGUCCAUCAAUCAUUAGCAUCUCCAGGUAAAGCAGUAGUAGUGAUGGGAAGUCCAAUAGACCCAUCUAAAUAUAAUGAUCUGGAUGAAUUGGUCAAAGAUGCGAGAAUCAAAGUGAUUGAACUUCAUGAGAGAGCCAAACAGGAAUGGAGUAAAAUGUGA